AUGGGAUAUGGUGUAACAGAGGCAGGAGGAAUGAUCAGUAUGUUGCCUCGUGCUACUAGCAACUCAUCGAUAGGCAGGCCGCUUCCCGACGUGCAAAUGAAGCUUUCCAAAGGUACCGCUGGGGAACCCUUGAUAAAAGGCCUCAGAACCAUGAAAACGUACCUGAACAAUGAAGCAGCGACUCAGGCCGCGUUCAACAAAGACGGGUUCUAUCGGACAGGAGAUCUCGCACAUAUGGAAGGCGACGAAUUCAUUUUCGAUGGGCGAGCGUCUUCUGAUUCUUUAAAAGUCGAAGCUGCGUUAAUGGCACUCCCAUACGUGGUUGAGGUUGUUGUCGUCGCAGUACCAGAUCCAUCCUGCGCCAACCAGAUCGCUGUUGUAAUCAGACCACGAGUAGCGGCGGUAGCUAAUGUUUCUUUGAAUGGUGUGCGGAGCGACCUUGCCCAUAGCCUGCCUGUAUAUACGCUUCCUACUAAGCUUCGGGUACUCGGCGAAGAGGAAACUCUACCCCGGUCUGUGUCAGAGAAGAUAAAUAAGAAAGAGACCCUGAGGAGGUAUUUCGAGGGUAACUCUGCGAAGGUGGAAGCUUGCGCACCUCCUCAGAUAAAAAAGAAUAAGCCGCAAAAGGCUUGGGACUGGGCUGGUUUACAGUAA